AUGAUAAUACUCAUUAUAAUAUUCUGCACAACUCAUCAAACUGUGAUUUAUGAGUUUAAUGUUAAUUCUAACACAAAGGAUGGUAAUUUUGUAUUUUUAUUCUAGGAUGGGAAGGUAGUUCUAAUUUUGAUACUUGUGGAGGGAUUCAAUAUUUUGGGUCUCCUAAUGGCAAUUCUUAAAUUAGCAGAAUAUUUUUAGACCUAGAGACUCAUUCUCAUAUAUUAGUGGAGGCACAAUUUCUAAGGUAUUUAUUGCUCUUAAUUACAAAAGUAUUGAUAACAAUAUUCCACCAUCUUUAUAUAUAGACUAGCAAAUAUCAGAUUCUGAGUAAAUGAUUUCAUCAUAAGGUUUGAUAUGUUUUGAUUCAGAGCCUGAAUAUUUGCAUACUAUUUCUAUUGUUCGUUAACAUAAUAGGAGAACUAUUUGGAUGAGGAUUAUUUAUAAUUAAGGAGGAUUAAUAUCAUUAAAAUUUAGUAUAAUUAAAUGUUAGUAUCAAUGCUAUGCAUGCAUUGAGAAUUUUCCAUCAAUUUGCUUAUAAUGGAAACUGCACUAAUAUUCAUUUAAUUAGAAGUAGAUCACAUCUUCUGAAGGAUGGACUUUUUAGGCAGGUUCUUUUCUAAUAAAUAGUUAAUGUGGGCUUUGUGAAGUUGUGAAAUUUUAGUAAAUUACUUAUUAAACUUAACUCCCUCCUCAUUAAGAUAUAUUGAUACGGUUUUUUUAAUUGAAUGCAAAUUUUCUAUUUGUAGACUAUGUAUUUGGUCAAAAAAAUAUUAUGUUUAAAUAUUUAAUAGAAAUAUUAAUAAAAAAUCAUUAUGAUCCAAUAUUAUAACUGACUAUUUAUGGUGGAGAAAACAGUGUAAUGAGAGAUUUUGAAGUGUAUUAUACUUAGCCAGAAAUAAUUUUUUUUAAUUUAAAUAAAGGUUGUUUAGAAUAAAUAGAUGAUAAAUGUCUACUUUGUCAAGAAGGUUGGAUUUAAGAUGAAUUUCUAGAAAAUUGUCAUCCAAUUUGUGGAGAUGGAAUAAUUCAAGGUUAAGAAUAAUGUGAUACUCUAGUAUCAAAUCAUUCUUGUUAUCAGUGCAAAUAUUCUUGUAUUGAAUAUUGUUAAAUUUGUUCAUUUGGAAUUUUUUUAUAAUGUAUAGACGGAUUUAUAAUUAAUGCCAAUUUUAGUUGUGAUCCUCUGUGUGGAGAUGGCAAUUUGACCCCAUAUUCAGUUGAAUUAUGUGAACUGACUGUUAAUGGUGUAUGGGAUGGUUGUCUUGAUUGCAAAUUUAUUUCAAUAGCUAAUUGUAAGAUAAACUAUAUUUCAAUUUGCUUAGAGUGUGAAGUAGGAUAUUAAUUGUUAGAAAAUUCAUGUUAUCCUUAUUGUGGAGACAAAUUAGUUCUGUAAUAAUACGAGGAUUGUGAUGAUGGAAAUCUUCAACCUUAUGAUGGUUGUUAUUAAUGUAAGUUUUAAUGCAUUGAAGAUUGCAACAUAUGUGAUCGAGGGUAGUGCAUUUUAAAAUGUGGAGAUGGUUAUGAGUUUGUUAAUAACAACUGUCACUCUAUUUGUGGUGAUUAAAUUAUUACAAAAGAAGAAGAUUGUGAUGAUGGCAAUCCAAUAAAAUUUGAUGGUUGUUUUUAGUGUAAGUAUUCUUGUCCAGAAAAUUGUUUCGAUUGUUAUCAAGGUACUUGUUUAGAGUGCAAUGAUUAAUACUAAUUACUAAUUUCAAAUUAAUGCAAAUAAUAAUUAAAUUGCGGAGAUGGAUUGAUUUAGGAAGAAGAGGAGUGUGAUGAUGGUAAUAGUUAUGCAGCCGAUGGAUGCAAGGAUUGUUUUAUUGAAUAAAAUUGGGUUUGCAUCACAAUUACAACAGAUUCUCCUAGCUAAUGUACAUUUGUCAAAGCUCCAAUCUUAGUUGUUAAUUAUCUUAAUAUGACUUAAAAUAAAUAAUAUAUAGGCAUCUAAUUUAAUUAAUAAGUAAAAAUAUAUACGCCUUAACCAUUGUCAGAAACCUUAAAUUUUGAAUUAUCAGAUAUAGAAAAAAAGUACUGGAAUAGCAGCUUAUACAUCAUUUAGGAUGUUGGAUCAUAUUUGAGCUUUGGAGAAUAUGUUGUAGAAAUAGAAGUGUACAAAUUACUAAAAUUUAGACCACAAUUGAAAAUUUUAGUAAAUCAAUAAGUUGUUAAUAUAGAUAAUGCUAUUUUGGAGGAUUUUGAAAAAUAAAUAACAUUGCAAUUUCCAAAUUAUCUGGAUGAAACACAGAAGGAUUACUCUUAAAGUUUGAAAAGUCUUAAUAAAUACCUGAUUUAUAGUCUGUCAGGAAUUACCAUUAUCAGUUUUUUAUUAGGGAGUGGGGAUUUAUUUGUUGAGAUAUUGGCAAUCCUUUAAUUUUAGUAAUACUUAAGAUACAUCAAUUUAUAAUUUCCUCAAAAUUUAGAAAUAUUUUUUUCUAUUAAUGAUACGAUAACUGUUCAACCUCUAUUGGAUUUUAUGUAAUUUCCUCAAUUUUUACAAUUUAUUGAUAUUUAGUCAAAUUAGGAAUAUACUGAUGGAAAAUUUCGUGAUUACAAAUAAAAUUCAAACUUGAUCAUCAAUCUUUCGUGCCAAAUAUUUUAAUGCUUAAUAUUUUUAUUGCUAAUUUUGUUGAUUAAAUGGGUUAAAAGGGUGUUGUACAGAUAGAUAUUUUGUUCUCGGUUCUUUUAUUAUAUGUCAUUGCUAUCUUUAUAUGUAAAUCCAAAAAUUAUUUUGAAAUUUAGUAAAUACUUUUAUAAUAUUUGCCUGGAUUUACUUAAAUUGGAGGAACUUAUGUCUUUUGAAGGAUUAUAAAAAGCCUUACUCCUCAAUGGUUGGGAUAUGAUAUUUAAAAUACUUUUAUAUACACGAAACAUCAAAACCAAGAAUUACUUAGAUAUUGUAUAACUUGUUAUAGUAAGUAUAAUCCUUCUACUUUAUUUUAACAUAUUAUUAAAUUUUUUAAAUAGCAAUUAACAAUUAUCAUAAGUGAACAACAAAAAAAGAUUCGAAAUUCUAAGUUUUGCUAGAUAAUUUUUCUUUUUAGUAUUUUUGAUUUAUGUUUAAAGUUCACAAAUACUUUAAUUGGGGUUACUCCUUUUAACUUGCUUAAUAUAAACGACAUUCCUUUACAAAUAUCAUUUUGCAUCUAAUUAGAAGAAUUACAUUGUAUAGAUGGUAGUUGAGAUAUCAGUAAUCAUUUUUAUGCUUAGUUCAUUCUUAUAUAUUGAGGAGUUUAAUGAAUAUUUUACUCAAGAGAAAAAAAUUAUAUUGGGAUGGAUUCAAGCAAUCUUACUAUCUACAGGCAUAAUUCUAGAAUUAAUCUUGAUCUUUUCAGAAUUAUUAUUAUUAUUUAAGUUGAGGUGCAUAAGAAAGUCAUUUAUUUUAAACAGUCCAUUAUUUACGUGA